GAGAAACGUUUCGAAACGUUGACCGUGUUCCCUUCACUUUUAAUUUUGCAUCUGCUUGAAUCUCGAACAUCUAUACCGCCAAAAUGACGGUGGGAAAGAGUUCGAAGAUGCUCCAGCACAUCAACUACCGAAUGCGGUGCACAUUGCAAGAUGGCCGCAGCUUCAUAGGGACUUUUUUAGCUUUCGACAAGCACAUGAACAUCAUUUUAGGAGACUGUGAUGAAUUUAGGAAAAUCAAGCCAAAGAGCAGUAAAGCACCGGAGCGCGAGGAAAAGAGAGUGCUUGGUUUAGUUUUGUUGCGAGGGGAACAUCUUGUGUCUCUGACAGUUGAAGGACCUCCAUCUUCUGAUUCAAAGUCCAAGUUGCUUGGAGCCAAUGCUGCCCCUGGAGCAGGGAUGGGCCGUGCUGCUGGACGGGGAGUGCCAGCUCCUAUGGCUCCAACAAUUGCCGCACCACCAGGUAUGUACCUUAAUACUAGUGCUGAUUUGUUUGUUAUUAAAUAAUCUAUAGAAGCGAAGUUGUUUCACAAUACUGCAUUAGAGCAGGCUACCCUGGCUUUAGCAAUAGUUAGUUGUUUAUACUUCAUGUGAGAGGUGAAGACAUUCUGGAACUGCUCAAGGUGUUGCCUACUAAAAGUCAUUCUCAAUUUUUUGGGGAGAACCCUGAAAAGACUGGAUAUGGCAGUAGUGAUCCAAGGCGGUUGCCAUAUAAUUU